CAAAUAAGGCCUUCAAAUACCCGUUCCGUUUAGGCAGGAAACUCCUUCAGACAGCUGAAUAGCCCUGCCCAGAUCCCAUAGUACCUAGAUCCGCUACAGAAAAGAUCUACAUAUCCACCAGCAUAAAUGAGACCUUCAAAUCCCCAUUCCGUCGGCAACUCCUUCACAUACCUAGCUGGAGCCUGAAUAGCCCUGUCCAGAGUAAAUCCGCUACCGAAAAAUACCUAUCCAUCAACAUAAACCAGACCUUCAAACCCCCAUUCCGUAUAACGUCUUCACACAGAUGAAGCCUGAAUGGCCCUGUGCAGAGUAACUCCGCUACCGAAAAUAUACAUCCAUCAGUCCGCAGAGGAUCCUCGACGUCGGAACUGGCACCGGCAUCUGGGCUAUCGAUAUGGCCGAUAAGUUUCCCAUGGCGAAUGUUUUGGGGAUCGACUUGAGUCCUAUCCAACCGAAAUGGGUCCCGCCCAACUGCAGUUUCGAAGUCGACGACACGGAGAAAGAGUGGACGCACAGCGUGAACUAUUUCGACUUCAUCCACAUCCGCAACCUUGCGCAGAGCAUCAGCGACUGGCCGCGGCUGAUGUCACAAGCCUACCUCGCGAUGGUCCCCGGCGGCUACGUGGAGCUGGUAGAGUCCACCCCUCCGCUCUACUGCGACGACGGCAGCAUGAAGAACGACGACGGCAACAAGAUCUACUGCGACCGCCUGGUAGAGUCGUUGGAGCGCAUCGGCCGCCCCGUGGCUAGGCUCUCGGCCAUGAUGAGGUACCUGGAGGACGCCGGCUUCGUCGACGUCGAGGUGUUCAAGUACAAGCAGCCCGUCGGGCUCUGGCCAAAGGAAAAGCGGUUGAAGAGAAUUGGCGCGAUGUGUCUGCUGAGUUGCGAAACGGGGUAUGAAGCGUACGGAAUGGCAUUCUUGACGAGGAUUCUGGGGAUGGAGAAUGAAGACGCCUUGAAGUUGUGUAAAGAUGCGCUGGAGGCGGUCAGGAACAAGAGGGUUCACGUAUAUGGAUACAUGUAUGUGGCAUACGGCCGCAAACCGGAGGAGUACUACUAGUAGAAGGAAG